AUGGGUCAGGCGGCCAAGGUUUUACAACUCUUUAAAACAUUGCACAGGACCAGACAACAAGUUUUUAAAAAUGAUGGGAGAGCACUAGAAGCAGCCAGACUAAAGAUAAAUGAAGAAUUCAAAAAUAAUAAAAGUGAGACAUCUCCCAAGAAAAUAGAAGAGCUAAUGAAAAUGGGAUCUGAUGUUGAAAUGUUACUCAGGACCUCUGUUAUACAAGGAAUUCACACAGACCACAAUACACUGAAAUUGAUUCCUAGGAAAAACCUUCUUUUAAAUAAUGUGCCAUAUUGUGAUACACCAACUCAAAAGCAGUGA